AAAAGCUCUGGUUUUAUGUCCAUGUGUAAUUAAUAAAGCAACAGUGUGCGAGUAAAGCCCUGUUGAAGCAGCAGCCUCUGUGCGGCUGUUGCUGGGAGCUCCGGCCAAUCAAAGCCGCAGCGCUCCCAUACAAGUAGUUUGGGGGCUGGAGAAGCAUGACAUCAUGCUCAGCUCCGACCCUCUCUGCGAAAACAAAGAAUAAAACAUCUUUAUUUCACUACAGCACGCAACAGUCGACGACAGCGACGUCUGCACUGUGAUACUCCGCGGCUCCAUCCUUAAAAUACAGCCGGAGUCUGGCCGCGGUGCUCCGGUGUGUGCGGCGGAGUCUGGGAGGGGCAUCCGUCCGUCCGUCCGGGCAAUGGCGGAUGGGGAGGCCACUGUGUCUGUGGAGUGGGACAGCAGCGAUGGGGGCUUAGCAGAAUAACAUCCCACCUCUGCGUUUGUAUUUUCUCUGUUUAGCUUGGUAUUCAUCUGUCGCCAUGGAUCCAGAGAAAACGCUGACAUUCUGCCUCGGGCUGAAGGCUGAGGAGAUGACCAUGUCCCUGCAGGGGCUGGAUGGGACUGAAGCUGCCACGGUGGCUGUUUCUCAGAAGGAGGCUGACAUGCGCACAGUUAAUAAGGUGGUGAAGCAUCAUGGAGGCUCUGGUAGCCAGCCUGUUGUCAGCCCCAAGUACUGCCCUGGGGUAAACAACAAUCCAGGUUACCUGUGUGAAACAGGGCACUGCUGCGGAGAGACAGGCUGCUGCACCUACUAUUAUGAGCUGUGGUGGUUCUGGCUGCUGUGGACGAUGCUGAUUCUCUUCAGCUGUUUCUGCGCUUACCGCCACCGCCGGGCCAAGCUGAGGAUCCAACAGCAGCAGAGACAGAGGGAGAUCAAUCUGAUUGCCUAUAACGGAGCCUGCAACUACCCUUCCUCAAUGCUGGACCUCAGUUUUCUGGCAUCCUUCAAGUUGCCGUCCUAUGAGGAGGUGGCAGCGCAGCCCAGCACCCCUCCUCCGCCUUACAGCUCCGUCUUCGCCCUGCAGGGAGGUGCCAUGGGGGGCCCUAGCUCCUCUUACCCCCAUCAUCACCACCACCGUCACCCCUGCCCUCCCUAUCUGGGCCCCGGUCCCAGUGGCCUGACUUCCUCCCAGAGCUCUGACAACUACACCAGCUGCUCCUGCGAGUCGUGCUCCCUCACCUCCCCCUCCAGCACCUCCUUCUCCGUUCAGGUGACGGACGAGACAUACGACAGCAGCCACAUCUCCACGCCCAGUGAAGCAGGGGGCGAUUGUGUUGUCAUGCCGAGGGUUGGGGCCAGCUUCACACCAACUCCUUCCCCGACUCCUCCAUCACAAGUUCCACCUGAUGUUAUACCCGCGGCUACGCCAGAUGUCAUACCAGUACAGAGACGCUCCUCUAAUGGCAGUGAUGGAGUCUCACCUUCAGCUCCACCGCUCUCUCUUCCUUUGCACUCUCGUCCUUCACACCCCUCUCGCCUCCCACUUUCUCCCCUCAUUCUGUUAUCUUCCCUCCCUCCUGGUCAAGUCCAUCCUCUCGUCCUCUCAGACCCACUCGGAGCUGUGGCCAUGCAGAGAGAGAAAGAAGAAGAGGCCCCGCCUUGUGUUCCAGUCCCGAGGCCCACUCUGUCUCCCCCUAAACAGGCUCUCUUCUCUGCACAUGUUUCUGUUUUCACACAUUGCAGCAACAAGGAGGAGCAAAAGCAAGAAAAAGAAGAGGAGGAAGAAGAAGACGACGAUGAGGAGGAUCAUUUCCGGCAUCGACGGCUAACGGGCGACUCGGGCAUCGAGGUGUGUCGCUGCCACGUGAAGAGAGAGGCACAAGAGGACGAGGAACUACAGAAGGGGCAUUUUGGUAAAGGAGGGAAGGAGGCUGUGAAGGAGGAGGAGAGGGCAGACCUGCUGCACGACAGCUUGGACUGUUCUCUCAGAGCGAAGGCCGCCGCUCAGUCACCACACCUGGACGACUGCGCUGAGCAGCGCAGCCACAUCUCCUCAUCCUCCAGUUUCAUCCAGAAGACAGGCGAGGCCAUCAUCACUGUGGAGUCCUCGUAAGCUGACAGCCUGUUGAUGUAGUGGAAAACAGUGAGACGUUUAUGCCUGAUAGCAUCUUUACAGAUCAAGACCAGUAGGUGAGAAGUUGAAUCACUGAAGGAAAGUCUUGCAGGUUUUGAGGAUGAGAAAUGAAUCCUCUUGUUUUUUCCUGUAUUCAAGCGAAAAGCUCCAAGAGAAGCCGACACCUGAAAGUCCUGUUUGUAGUUAAUUUAUUUAUGGUUUGGGAGACGGUAUAGCUUCCUCUCUAAAGUGAUGAAAAUGAAUUGUUCUUUCUCUGUCUCUCCCCACAUGCUAACCAAAUCCAUUUUUACCAGUGGAUCGAUGUCAACAUCCCUUUGUCCCUCUGCCGUUUGCUUUUCAUCUCUCUUCUCUCUGCAUGACACAGCAUUGGUAAAAUAGCAUUUUAGCUCCUUGAGAAGAAAUCCGUUAUAGUCAGUGGUUCCCAACCUGGGGUCAGGACCAGGGGUCAUGAUGAGUAACAGCAAAAGAAGAUGCUACAUAAAAUUAUACGCUAAUGUUUCUCAAAUCUUUAGGGAUAGUUUUACUUCUCUGGACAUUCAAAAAUGAUUCAGAUAAAACAAUCUGAGAAGCGCAAAUCAAUCUUUAGCAGACCUGCUCACAGCAUCUUGACUUAUGCAAUGUGUGACGGGUCACAAAAAGGUUGGGAACUGCUGGCUGAUACACCGUAUUACUCAAAUCAUCCCAGCAGCAACGAACAAGACUGUUUAUCUUUAACUGAUUCUUCAGUCGAAUAGAAUUAUAUUCUAGGAGUAUACGAAGUAAAAACACGAAACAAUUCAUUUUCAAAAGAGCAGCUCUGACUUAUUGUGUUAUAUAAUCUUAAUUUACUGGAUCUUUCCAAGAGGUUCACACCUGUUGAACGUUAUGUAUCGCGGCCACAGGACUAACCUGCGGAAAAAGGGGUGCAAACAUUAAUUAUAACGUGUGGGUGGCAAAGCUUUACAAUGGUAUUAUGAUUAUACAUUGUUGUUUCAGACUGUUACAUGAUUAUACUGUAUAAUGAACUGACUGUUUGACUUUGGAUUUUAAUGUGUUGUUCCUGGUUGCCAUUUUGUUCUGUUUUUUGCAAGGCAAUGUAAAUCUGAUUCCUCCACGGACGGGAUUGUUGAGUUUUGACGAGGCAGAAACUUUAAGCCUAAUCUCAUCACUGAUAAUGAAUGUAAAAGGUUUAUGCAUCGCAACACAAAAAAGAUCAAUUGUUUACGGAUCAUUUUUAUAGCACGACGCUUGGUGUGGCUUGGAAACCUCUGGAAAAGUUUCCUAAAACUGCAGCUAGAUGAUACGACCUGCCAGCUGCGGGCUUUGGGAAAACGUUUUGAAAUGUAGUGCCCAUUGUAACGUCUGUCUGAGUCGGGUAAUCCCUGUGAGAUGUCGAAGGUGUAAAUGUGCAAAGUGAGGGUUUAAAUUCAGAGUGAUUGCUGUGGCUAAACACGUGAUCACGUCUGAGAGUUGCUUUUCUCUAAACGUAUCCUGGCUGACCCUGUUUUUGUACGUGAAAUCAUUCAUUAGUUAACAUCCAGUUGUACUGACAGUAGGGACUUUGAUUGAUGCCCUGCACUUCCUAUGUCAGUUAGUCGAUCCUGGUUUUAGCAGUGAGAAUAGCACACAUCCUGUCUUGUGAUUUACUCUGAGUACAAAAUGUACUGAAGCGUAGAACAAGAUUUACAAAGCGAGAAUGUCUCCAAUCAUAUUUCUUAUAUGUUUGUCUUGCUGUGGUUAUUAUGAGACAAAUGGAGCUUUGUUGUGUCCUUAGCUCAGUGCAAAGCCAACUUAAUUAUCUGACACCUGAAGGCAAAGCUUUCAACUCAUUUAUGCGGACUGAAAAUGUUGCCUCGGUUCAGCUCAGUAAUAUUUGUCAGGCAAAUUAUGUUUGUGUAUAUAGGGAGUUUAAGCAGAUUCGGGGUUUGUUAGGAAGUUUGUUUUGACAUCUUAUAAUCUCUUAGCUCCUGUGCAGUGACUCACAGGUGUGUCUCAGAGGUGACCAAUGCUCUGACGGAGACUUUCCACCCUCUGAACACAUCAGCAUAACGGCCUUUUGGCUGCUGUACAUUUCUUUCGGCUAAAGACUGGACAGUUGUUAUCUUCUCAUUAGCUCUAGCCGAUGUUUGUUGAUCAAAGUAUACGGUGCCUAGAUGAAAUUAGGCAUUCUAUAGUUUACUGCUGCUAUGCGAGUGUUUUCUGUAUAUUGCGUAUAGUCGUACGUCAAAAUGGGCAAACGUUUUCUAGCAGUGCUUAGCGGUCUCUUUAUAAAAUAUAUACAGUACAUGUGGGACUUGAAGAAAAAAAAAUUGUAUUUAGCAAUAGUAUUCACACUUUUUUUCCUUACUCUAGUUAAUGCUGGUCGGUAGGAAAUUAACUGUUGUGAAAAAAGACAUUUACCUCUUUAUAACUGAUCCGUGAGCUGUGCUGGGCAGAGGCCCGUGAUUGUACAUAACACUGCAUUUAAAAUGCCUUUGGCUUAAGGUUUCUCCCAAGUGCAAACUCAGAUUAUCUGGUUUUACCCCAGCCCCAGUUUGUGCCUCUCAUGUGCUGUCAUUUCAUUUGGGUCACGGAGAUAAGCAUCUGUGUUUCUGGAGAGUAUCUGCUCUGAAAGUAUUUCCAGAUUCCUCUGGACUGCUCUGUCCAUGUGGAUAAAAAAAUAUAAUAGUUUGGCCAUCCGGAGGGAGCUCGGAGUAGAGCCGCUGCUCCUUCGCGUCAAAAGGUGUCAGUUGAGGUGGUUCAGGUGUCUGAUCAGGAUGCCUCCUGGGCGCCUCCUGUUGGACCACGUCCCACUGGUAGGAGGCCCUGGGGCAGACCCAGAACACACUGGAGGGAUUACAUAUCUCAUCUGGCCUGGGAACGCCUUGGGGUCCCCCAGGAGGAGCUGGAAAUCGUUGCUGGGGAGAGGGAUGUCUGGGGUGCUUUGCUCGGCCUGCUGCUCCCGUGACCCAGCUUUGGGUACGUGGUUGAAAAUGGAUGGAUGGAUGGAUGGAUGGAUGGAUGGAUGGAUGGAUGGAUGGAUGUGUAGAGGACUUUUAAGCUAUUUCCCAAAUUGCAAGUCUGUUUCCUAUUCCACACAAAAAUGGGAGCUGGAAAUGUCCUUGCUUGAUUGAUUUGGCUCAGGAAGUAGAGCAGGUUGUUCACUAAUUGGAUGAUCAGUGGUUUGAUCCCUGGCUCCUCUAGUCCGCAUGUCCAAGUAUCCUUGGCAAGAUACUGAACCCCAGAUUGUGAGUGCGUAUGAAUGUCUAAACCGAUGAGCAGGUAGCACCUGUGUGUGAAUGUGUGGGUGACUGUGUAUGAAUGGGUGAAUGAGACUCUGUAGUGUAGGAGCGCUUUGAGUUGUCGGAAGGCUAGAAAGGUACUUUACAAGUGCAAGUCCGUUUACCAUUUCUAUAAUAUGAACCAAAUUGUAAACUUUUUUAGAAUCAGUUAUAUUUUCUGUGAUAAUGUUCCUUUCUUUUUUAUGUAUUUUCAGACAAAAUUAUGUAUUUAACAGCCUUGAAUCAUAGUUAAAUCUUGUUUAUGUCGAGGCGAAAGAUCUCAAGUUGCACAUGCAAACAUUUGCAGGAUUCCUCUUGAAUAUUUUUGAACGUGUACGUGAGCAGUGUGAUUUAGGGUAAGUGGAAAGUGAGCCCCAUUUUCCUAUAUGAUGAUUCAUGAGCGUCGGAUUUCCAUAAAAUGACCCAACAAAACUAUGAAAUAUUCCGUCAUGUAAAUGAUUUAAAAACUAUAAGGAUAAAAGGCAAGAUUGAUAAUUUAAUUAUUAUUUAUUCAGAUUUCUGGAGUAUAACACAGUACAUGUUUUGCCAGUGAUUCAUGAAUUUCAUUGUCGACAUCAAGGUCUAGAAACUGUAAUUAUUCUUACUAUUAUUGUAUUUUAUUACUAAUAAGAACAAGACAUUUUGAGAAAACAACACAUAUGAACAACUUAGCUAACAUGAAUUAAUAAAUAACAAAUAAGAGAAUACUGUAUGUGCAAAUUUGCAAAUUCCAUCUUCUUCUUCUUGUUUCUGUACUUGGCGCUGGAUUUGCAUACAUUAGCAUUUUCGUUCACUCUAAUGCCCCCACACUCCACUCAACCAUUUCCGUUUAAAUGUCACUAAAAAAAAGAACAUACAUUUUGUGUGUGUGUGUGUGUGUGUGUGUGUGUGUGUGUGUGUGUGUGUAAGGGGCCAAAAGGAAGAUCUGCCACCGUUACAGUAGCUAUUAUUUUAUCCACAUGGACAGAGUCGUCCUUUUUUUAUGGAUUUUUCAGGUAUUUAUUUUUCCAGCAGAUGUUUAGCUCUGUGACUUGAAUGUAAUCGCGACACACAUGAGGCACAAACAGGGGCUGGUUUUACCCCAGCUCUGAUUUUACAUUGAAGCCAAACUGAUCUGAGUUCAGUGUACAUAGAACUAGUGUGAUUUUCUUUUGCCUUGUCAGCAGCUAGUAUGUACAGACAAAAACGCCCAAACUCUACCCUCAUUGCCACUGACGGCCAAUGCCUGAUAUAAGACUGUUACCUCACUGAGUUUUGACUGCAAAGGACUGUUUACUUCUCCUUAUCAAGAUAGUAUUUACUCUAUAUUUGUACUGACUUUAUUUUGUAAUGCCGAGAAUUGAAGAAUCGAAAAAAAGAAAAUAAAAUUGGUACGACUGAACUGGUUUGCCAGGAAAAACACAAAACAUCAAACCCAGUUGAUUCAGGAUUACUCAAGACUGUUGAUCUCCCGGGAAACAAAGUGUUCUCCUUUUACUCCUGCAGCUACGACACAGCGGGAUUUAUAGAAGUAUCUAUAUGUGAUUGUACGUGGAAUAGUUCAGAUUAAUAUUGCUACAAACUGUGGUGUUCUUUGAGGGUAUCCUUGUGUGCAAUUCUACCUGCAGCUCUUCAGUGUGUUGUGCGCAUGUGUGAGAGAGUUAUCGUCGGCCGUGUUGUCGUGGUGUUAAAUCAUUGUCGCUUAUGAUGAGGCCAAAGUUGAUUGUCGUUGGUAUUUGUUAACAUGAUAUUUGUCAAUAUGAAUAUCCAAACAUUUUUAUGUCAUCAUGAAUAUAAAGUUGAUUUUGUAUCUUGGUGUAUAGCAUAGAGAUUUCUGAUGCUCUGAUGUAAAAUCACAUUUUUAGAUAUCUGUUUGGUUGCACAUAUCCUGGUGCUUUUUUCCCCCCCGGAGGGCGGGGUUGUAUUUAGGUUUCAUCCAUUUGAGUUUUUUUUACAUUGAUGCUCACUGGGGUUCUACCUUGUUAGACAUGGACAUCUGCGCUACUUUAUUCAACAGAAACUGUGGAUUUUGUGUCAAAUAAACGCUAAC